CUGUUAGAAUGUAUGGUGUAUUUCAUAAACAAUAUAAUAUACUAGUUGAUGAUACAAACUGGAUUACUAACUCUAAUCAAGCAGGAAAGAAUAAACUUAUGGAUUCCUAUGCAAAGAUUUUUAUCAAAUCAAAUUUUGAAGCAAGAAUGAAAGGCAAGAAAGGCAAGGUUAAUAUCACCAAGUUUACACCAAAUACAGAAAUGUCAAUUUCAAAAAUGGGAGCAACAGCUGAAAAAUAUGCAUUACAGGUCAAAGACUUAACUAACAUCCUAACACCUUUACAUAAAGAGAUUUCACAUCUUGAGCUGCAGUGGAUGGAUUUUGGUAGGAAAGUGAGAAGGGCAGCAUGGGAUCCAGGCUCUGCUAAUUAUCAAAAAUUAAAAGAAAUCAGGCAUGAGAUAGUAACUAAACGAUUCAAAGCUAUCAAAUUAGAGAAGGCACUUGCAAAGGCUAGAAGUUCAUUAUAUUCUCUAAAUAAAACUUUGCGAACAGCAAAUUUUGCAUGUACUACAUCUUCCGAAAAUGCAAAUCCACCAGAUAAGACUAAAAAAAAUUCUUGA